GUCCAUGUACGCGUCCACACAUGACAUCUGUCAUCCAUUGCCGCCCACAUACAUAUCCAUAUUGACACACAGCCACUGAUGCCGGCCGGUCGCUUGGGACCGACUGACAGCAACACGCAAGCUGAGCUGCACACAACUACACAUCGGUUCUAUAUGGCUAGCCAUCCCUCUCAGUCACAUCUGGGUGAGGGGUUGCCGGACGGGUUGCCACUGACGUCAGUGGACUGGGCCGCCAUGCCGUUUUGAGCUCUAUCCUUCCCCGCCACUACUAUGACGGCGGGAUCCGACACCGUCUUGGCCUUCUGCUGCGCCCGAAUAAACUGAAAACAAGACAUCACACACACGUACGCGUGUUCGUGUAUGUAUCCGUCCCGGGAGCUCACCUCUCGGAUGCCUCCGCGGCCCUGUGUGCUGCCGCCAGCCUUGCCGUCAUCCCUCUUCUUCUUGGCUAUGGCGUCGAUGCACGUCUGCAGGUUGCGCUUCAGUCGACCAUCCGUCACGCUCUCCAGGAGGCCCCCCAAAGCGCCAGCCUUACUGGCGUCGUACAGGCCGCUCACGAUCCGUUGAGCCGUCUGCUUUGCGGCAGGGCGCGAUGCGUCCAGCAGACGAGCAGCAGUCGGCAGGAUGGCCCUCACCGUGACGUCAGAUGCACUGUAACGCUGACACAGAAGAUAGAACAGACACCGAGCUCAGUCAGUGACAUGCAAAGCAUGCCCUGUGCGAGUGUGUCGCACCACUGAUGUGAGAGCCUUCUCCAGGAAGUGGGCGGCCUGCGUCGCCACGCCGCUGUCCUUGCGAUCCAACGCAUCCGACGCCACACUACCGAGUGCCAUGACCACACUCUCGCCGGCCGCCUCCUCGGUCGUGAGUGCGCUGAGCGCGUCCUUGGCACCAUCCGCCAGGAAUCUCUUGUUGCUCACGCUCUUCUGAGCCAGCGGGGGCACCUGAACACACAUACAAAAAGGAACCACAGCAACGGUUGACACAUCGUUGUCUUCUGUCUCUGCUUGCGUGUGCACGGUUGCUCACUAAGGUGACGGCGACUUUGGCCAUCUCUGCUGGCAGCCCUUUGCCGAGAUGCUCUGUUGUCAGGAUGGCAUUGCGCGACACGCCACUCCGCAAACUCUCGGCUUGCUUGAUGACGGCCGAAGCGAUAUCCUCGCUGCAACACACACAAACAGGAAUCUGAUCCGCCCUUUCUCCCGUCCGCCUGUCUGCUACCCACGUGUCCGUUGUCCUCUCUCUUGGCUCCUUACAUGUCAUCGGCGAGAAGCGAUGGAUGGAACUUGGCGAGCGCUUGGAUGCGCUGCAGGGAGGUGAAGUGCUGCUUCCAGUCGUCCGACCGCAGCCCAUUCAGGGCCUCCUGCAGCACCGCCCUCGGGCUCUCACCGCCCUCCCACUCCAGCUCCUCCCAUGACAGAUAUCGGCACUCGAAGGCAUCCUCCUCCUCUGGGCAGCGCUCUGGCUCACACAUCGCCUC